GGUUUUCAGUUUUUUUGAGAGAUCAAAAAGGGCAGAGUUAGAAACAUUUCCACACUUCCAUUCUCAUCACACAUUCAGCAAAAGAAAGAAAGAAAGAGAGAGUGAGAGGGAGAGAGGAAGGCCGUGGAAGAGAAGAAGAAGAAAAGAAGGAAAAAGAAGAAGAAGAAGAAGAAGAAGAAGAAGAAGAAGAAGAAGCCGUGGAGGAGCAAGGGUGAGGAGGAGAUUUCGAGCAAGGAUCAUUCUCCUUGAAUCAUUUAUCUUCACCUAUUCUUCUCAAAACACUAAGACUAAGGAUUUCCAUCAUGCCUCCGAGACAGGACCCAACCAAUGCUCAGCUUGCUCAGGUGAUGACCCAGCAGGCUGCCACUGCUGCUGCCCAAGCCGCGGCGCAGCUUCAGCGGGAAGCUGAAGAGAACACCAGGAGAGCUGAGGAAGAUGCCAGAAGGUCACAACAGGCUGAAAGGGAGCUGGCACAGGACCAGAUCCGUAUGAGAACUGACUUCAACCGCCAUGAACCACCCAAGUUUCAAGGCGAGGUUAAACCCGAGAAAGCUGAUCUUUGGAUUCAGGAAAUGGAGAAAAUCUUUGAGGCUCUCCACACACCUGACGCUGAGAAGGUGAACUUGGCGACCUUUAUGCUGAAGGGUGACGCUGAGUACUGGUGGCGGAGCGCCAAACAGUUGAUGACUGCCAACAAUGUGGCCAUCACUUGGGAGUCUUUCAAAAGGGCUUUCAUGGAGAAGUACUUCCCGGAGACUGCCAGGGAAGACAUGGAGAAUCAAUUCGUCAACCUGAGACAGGGGUUGAUGACCGUAGGGGAAUAUGUUGCAAGACUGGAGACCCUGUCCAAACACUUUCGCUUUUUCCAAGUGCAAGUGGAUGAAUCGUACCUAUGCAACCGAUUCAUGAGGGGUUUGAGGAACGACAUUGAGGAGUCAGUGAGGCCAUUGGGAAUCAGAGUCUUCCAACAACUGGUGGAGAAAGCUCGUGAAGUGGAGUCGAUGAAGAAUCGUCAGAGGGGCAAGUAUGACAGCGGAGGCCCGAUCCGUUCUGGGCAGAAGCCGACCAGAAGGUUUGAGGGACAGAGGCAAGCUGGUAGGUUUGACAGGGGUAAGGCUCCGAUGAGGAAGCCUUAUCAACGCCCUACUGACAGGGUGCCUUUUGCUGGAAGGAAUAUGGCACGUGCUCCUAAAGACGAUGUCGUCUGUUACAAGUGCAACCAGAAGGGACACUAUUCGAAUGAAUGUGGGAAGGAGGUUGUGUGCUGGAAGUGCCAGAAACCAGGACAUGUUGAGAGAAACUGUCCUGAUGCUACUAAGGCCGAGCCAGUACUGAAUGCUGCCAGGGGAAAGCGACCUUCUGCUCCAGGUCGUGUGUUUGCAAUGUCUGGGGAAGAAGCUGCUGUGACUGAUGAUCUUAUCCAGGGUACGUGUGUUAUCGCUGGAACUUCUUUAAUGGUGUUAUUUGAUUCUGGUGCUACACACUCAUUCAUUGCUGAGGAGUGUGUGACGAAGUUAGGAUUGCUAACUGCUGACUUACCAUUCGAUUUGGUGGUGUCGACCCCUGUCGCCGAUCGAUUAGUUACGCACACAGCAUGCUUGCAAUGUCCGUUGAUUUAUGAGGAUCGGAAGUUCCUUGCGAACCUCGUCUGUUUGGGGCUUAAAGAGCUCAAUGUGAUUCUGGGGAUGGACUGGUUGGCACAGUAUCACGUUCUGUUGGAUUGUGCUAAUAAGGCUGUAGUCUUUCCGGAUUCUGGCGUUACGGAUUACUUGAAUUCGUACAAUUUGGGAAGGGGUUCACCAGCAUUCGUGAACUCUAUCGUAGCUGAGGCGAAGAACGACGGCGACGUACGCAACAUUUUGGUGGUGCAAGAUUUUGUGGAUGUGUUUCCAGAGGAUGUGCCUGGAUUACCGCCAGUAAGAGAAACAGAGUUCUCUAUUGAUAUUAUGCCCGGUACAGGACCAAUAUCAAUGGCACCUUAUCGGAUGGCACCAGCAGAGUUGGCGGAGUUAGCAAAACAGUUGCAGGAACUCUCUUCCAAAGGAUUUAUCCGACCAAGUGUGUCGCCAUGGGGAGCACUGGUGUUGUUAGUGAAGAAGAAGGACGGAAGGUCCAGAUUGUGUGUGGAUUACCGACAACUCAACAAGGUGACAGUGAAGAAUCGUUACCCGAUGCCUCGGAUAGAUGAUUUGAUGGAUCAACUUCGGGGAGCUGUCGUUUUCUCGAAGAUAGAUCUGAAGUCAGGAUAUCAUCAGAUCCGUGUCAAGGAGGCUAACAUACAGAAGACCGCAUUCAGAACUCGAUACGGGCAUUAUGAGUAUCUCGUGAUGCCGUUUGGAGUUACAAAUGCACCCGCAGUGUUUAUGGUGAAGGUCAAGAGUACAGUGUUCUCGUGGACGAUAGAUUUACAUGAUCAGCACAAGGACAACGCCUGGCAGACCGACUCUGCCAAGGUACGUCGCCUCUAUGUCGGCAGCGCUACGAUCACGGGACGUGACCGGCACGGGAACGUCGUCGAGACACAGACCAUGGAAUGGGGCAAGGUCAAGAUACCCUUCGCACCAUGUCGCUUCUUGCAUCCGGGAGAUGAGGGUUCUUGCUCGAACUCUCCUCAGAGGAUUGCAGGAGGGGAGGUUUCUUCAUGGGUGUUCGGGGCACCAGAUUGGUGGGCACGCAUUGGCGACUUUCCAGCUCCGCCUCUAGAGUCCCUUCCAGUUCCUGCUGAGCCUAUGGAGGGCUUUGCUCCACGGUACGUUGCAGUAGCGGAUGCACCUAGGGAUGUCGAGACGGAGGGGAAUGGAGAUGCACCAGAGGUCAGGGCUCCUGUGAAGAAGCGCCAGAGACAGUGCGGUUGGCUCGACGAGUGACUGAUAUUGCCAUGCUGGGGGUUGAGUGUUCGUGGUGCUGAACUAUCUUUUAUAAGUUUUGUUUUCCGGUUUUGAUGUAUUGUUGACAUAGGGCUUUAGCCCAGGGAUUCAUUUAUGUACUUGAAUUAUGGUUUC